AUGCCCUUCAGAAAGAUCAGUUCCGACAUUAAGGAGCGUGCACUGUGGCUUAUAGAGCACGAGUACGCUCCUUCCGAGAUCUGCGACAUCCUCGGUUUCUCCCUGGCUAGUCUUCGAAGGUGGCGACGGAACCGCCGCUUGCACGGCUCGCUGCAUCCCCCUCGUAACCCGAACAGAGGACGUCCGACGCUCAUCACGUCGGACAUUCGUCGAGACAUGUAUAUGCUGCUCUCGGAGGCUCCAGACAUGUACCUCGAUGAGGUACAAGAGUGGCUCGUUAUCGCCCGGGAUGUCAAAAUGUCUAUCACCACGGUUCAUCGGCUCAUUUCGGAUGCUGGCCUCACCUACAAGCAGCUGGAGAAAGCUGCCAUAGAGCAAGAUGAGGAGCAGCGU